AUGAAUUUACCUUUACCAACUUCACCAGAAAAACAAAUAAUUUCUAUUCAAGGAGAAUCCGAAGAAACCGAAGAUGGACCAAUGUUUUAUGUUCUAAUUUUUCUUAUGGUUUUAGUUUUUUCUAGUGGAAUAUGUUGGUUAUUUUGUUGUGGUACUUGUGUUGGAAGAGAUACUUUAAGAAUGUUUGGGUUUGGGAGAUUUUCACCUUCUUCUAAUAAUAGAAGAAGGGGAAUGAGGAAUUACAGAUAUAGUCCUGCUUCUACGGAAGAGGAGGAAUGGGAAAUGUUAGCCAAUGCUAAUAAUGAAAAUAAUGUUAGAGUAGCCGAUGAUGAAGAAAGUGUGUUGGACAAUGAUCAAGAAGAAUAUAGCGCAUUACAAUAA